AUGGAAGGUGGCGUGCAGCUCCUCAACCGCGACGGCCACAGCGUGUCCCACAACUCCAAGAGGCACUACCACGACGCCUUCGUGUGCAUGAACCGCAUGCGGCAGCGCGGGCUGCUCUGCGACAUCGUGCUCCACGUGGGGCCCAAGGAGAUCAAGGCCCACAAGGUGGUGCUGGCCUCGUGCAGCCCCUACUUCCACGCCAUGUUCACAAAUGAGAUGAGUGAGAGCCGCCAGACCCAUGUGACGCUGCACGAUAUUGACCCACAGGCUUUGGAGCAGCUGGUGCAAUACGCUUACACAGCCGAGAUUGUGGUGGGCGAGGGGAAUGUGCAGACGCUCCUUCCCGCUGCCAGCCUGCUGCAGCUCAACGGGGUGCGGGACGCUUGCUGCAAGUUCCUCCUCAGCCAGCUCGACCCGUCCAACUGCCUGGGCAUCCGCGGCUUCGCCGACACGCACUCCUGCAGCGACCUCCUCAAGUCCGCGCACAAGUACGUCCUCCAGCACUUCGUGGAGGUGUCCAAGACGGAGGAGUUCAUGCUGCUGCCUCUCAAACAGGUGCUGGACCUCAUUUCCAGUGACAGCCUCAACGUGCCGUCGGAGGAGGAGGUGUAUCGGGCUGUGCUCAGCUGGGUCAAGCACGACGUGGACAGCAGAAGGCAGCAUGUCCCCAGGCUCAUGAAGUGCGUGCGACUCCCCUUGCUGAGCCGCGACUUCCUCAUGAGCAACGUGGACACGGAGCUGCUGGUGCGGCACCACUCGGAGUGCAAGGACCUGCUCAUCGAAGCCCUCAAGUACCACCUCAUGCCAGAGCAGCGAGGAGUCCUCAGCAACAGCCGGACGAGGCCGCGGCGCUGCGAGGGAGCCAGCACCGUGCUCUUUGCUGUGGGUGGGGGGAGCCUAUUCGCCAUCCACGGGGACUGUGAGGCUUAUGACACGCGGACGGACCGGUGGCACAUGGUGGCCUCCAUGUCAACUCGCAGGGCCAGAGUGGGCGUUGCUGCCAUUGGGAACAAGCUGUAUGCCGUGGGCGGAUAUGAUGGGACAUCGGACUUGGCCACAGUGGAGUCCUACGACCCUGUCACCAACUCCUGGCAGCCCGAGGUCUCCAUGGGCACCAGGAGGAGCUGCCUGGGCGUAGCAGCACUUCACGGGCUCCUCUAUGCAGCUGGCGGAUACGACGGAGCCUCGUGUCUGAACAGUGCAGAGCGAUAUGACCCUCUCACGGGCACUUGGACGUCCAUCGCUGCCAUGAGCACCAGGAGACGAUACGUCCGUGUGGCCACACUAGAUGGCAACCUCUAUGCUGUUGGGGGCUACGACAGCUCAUCCCACUUAGCCACGGUAGAAAAGUACGAGCCCCAGGUCAACACCUGGACACCCAUCGCCAACAUGCUCAGCCGCCGGAGCAGCGCGGGGGUGGCCGUGCUGGAGGGGAUGCUCUACGUGGCCGGUGGCAACGAUGGCACCAGCUGCCUUAACUCCGUCGAGCGCUACAACCCCAAAAGCAACACGUGGGAGAGCGUGGCGCCCAUGAAUAUCCGCAGGAGCACCCACGACCUGGUGGCCAUGGACGGGUGGCUGUACGCGGUGGGCGGCAACGACGGCAGCUCCAGCCUCAACUCCAUCGAGAAGUACAACCCCCGCACCAACAAGUGGGUCGCGGCCUCGUGCAUGUUCACGCGCCGCAGCAGCGUCGGCGUGGCCGUGCUGGAACUGCUCAACUUCCCCCCUCCGUCUUCGCCCACCCUGUCGGUGUCCUCGACGAGUCUUUGACAAACAACCAGCUCCCGCGUUACCUCCCGGGGACAGG